GAGAUGAGGCCUCACGCGUCGACGUUUGCAAUGCUGGUGGUGCUGCUGGUCGUGGAUGGUGACGCUGACCACAAGUCAAGCCACGUCCUGAGGCACGGUGGUCAUGUCAGAGCUGCUCACUGGACCGGCAAGACGUCCCCAGUGACGAGGGGCAAGAGCGCUUGCGAAGAGCCGCUACUGGUCACUAUCAAGGCCACCAAAUGGAUCGAGUUCGACUUCGGAGACGAUGGAACGUUGGAGAAGGAAAUGAUAGCCAAAGGACUCUACGAUCCUAGAAUGGUGGGCGAGUAUGACUUGACAAUGGACAAUCACCAGCGUAACCGCAUAUUUGUCACGACGCCUCUUGCCCGUCGCGGCAUCCCGGUAACUCUGAGCACCAUCCCCUAUGACGGAGAGCAGAGUCCGCUCCUGAAGCCCUACCCCAACCUGGAAAUCCACCACACCACCGAGGACUCCAUCACCGACUGCAACACCCAGCUGGUGGACGUCAUCAGAAUAACUAAAACAUGGGCAGAUGAUGAUACGCUAUACGCCCUCGACACCGGUGUUUUGGAUCUGACAACGAAGCCGAAAAACGUGUGUCCACCCAAAAUUGUCAUUUUGGACCUACGGACUGAUGAGGUCAUCAAUUCCAUAGUAAUUCAUAACGCAGCCUGCAACUCAUUGUACACCUAUUUGUGGGUGGACGCAUGUCCAGAAGACAGCUUGACGGCCUACAGCUCCGACACGAGAGGCAACGUACUGUCGGUGACGGACCUCUCCACUGGCGCCUCCAAACACCUGCACAGCCAGUACUUCCACCCCAAGCCCGGCUUCUUCUUCCCGAAGGCGGGAGGUCCAGCCUACUACAUGCCGGACGGCAUCAAUGGAGCGACGGCCGAUGAGUGCUGCGACGGGAAACUCUACUUCCAGGCGUUCGCCAGCAACAUCCAGGGCGUUGUCGACAAGCAGCUCAUCCGAGAUGCAUGCGACGGGGAUGUUUUGGAUAUCAAGACGCAGGUUGAUCUGCCAGGAGAAUUACCUGGGCAGAGUGGAGUAAUGGCAGCGGAUCCGAAGGGACAGCUGCUAUUCUUCCCUGUGCUGGAUGAACUGGCCAUCUACUGUUGGAACACAAGCAAACCUCACGACCGCGAGAACUUCCGCUUGAUCGUUCAAGAUGAUGAACAUCUACUGUUCGUCAGCAGCAUCAAGAUAGACACCAAAGCACAAAGAUUAUAUAUAAUGAGCGAUCGAGUAACGUCCUAUCUAUCAAACACCACCAGCUGUUCUGAAGACAACUAUCAGAUUUUGUACAUUGACAUAAAGGAUAUAGAAUGUUAGUUUUACGUACCGCAGAUAUUGUUUUGCGUAUUCGAGGAACUUGGUGCCUCGGCAAGAUUCAACGUAUGCGAAUACCAAUCUAUGAAAUACUGAAAAGAAUUAAAUAUAGAA